AUGAAAAGGGAUGGAAAGCAAAAAUGGGAAGGAAAAAAGGGGAGAAGAAAAGGGGAAAGACAAAAAAGUUCAGGAGCACAAAGGGAGGAAGCCAAAAGUGGGAGGGAAAAACCGAAACAGAUCGAGCAGUUCGAGGACCACCCAUGCGACCUGCAUUCCGAGGAAGACCCUGUGACAAACAAUUUUAGACGAACCAGCUGGAUAUACAAAGAUAUAGAGAAUAGGCUGAAGGAGGCAAAUGAAAAAUGUAGCAAUUUAAACGAGAUAGGUGCAUUGGGCGCAGGUAUCGAAUUGGAGGCACUUCCUGGGAAGAGUGAGAAUUCGGUGAAAUUGCCCAGCCAAGUCAGCUCGCGCAAACCGUUCAAAUUGUCCAGUUCGUCCAGGUCAUGCAAUUCGUCCACCUCCCCCAGCCCGUCCAAUUCGAAGUCAUCAAAGCUUCUCACAUCAAGUUACUGCUCCGGAGCGACCGUCUCCCAAAACAGCAGCAACACGUCGGACGAAAUGGAUAAUUUGUCUCUUAGCGAUGAAUUGUCCCUUAACGAAGAAUUUACGGAGGAAGAUGGAAAUGGAAGUAGCUCCGCUGUUACAUCGAGCGGGGAUGGAAUAGUUAACAGUGAUAGGGGACCCUCAAGCAGUAGCAACAGUGUAGGUGGAAGUAACGAUGAGGGAGAUGCUGAAAUGAGUCUCAGUGGAGGUACGUCCAGCAAUGCCCGUGAGGAAGACAACCAUCCAAAUGUGUACUACAACUGCAUAACCAUAUUUUCACUGAACAGCUAUCUAUAUAAUGACAUGUACAGAUAUAACCCCCACCUGUACGGCAUUUACGAGACCUGCAGAAAUAACGAAAAAAGGUGCAAAAAAAUUGGCCUACUUUCCUCUCAAUUCGAUUUAAUAUUUCUCAGAUCUGUGUACGGAAAAUAUCAAAAAAAUUUAUAUGAUGUUUUAAAAUAUACUCAUACUGUAUUGCUGGACAAUGUUCCCUCAUCAUAUUCCAUUUUAAAUGAAAUUUUAUAUACCCUCCAAAAUUAUGUGAAUGGAAAUGGGGGAUUAUUCAUCUGCUGGAGGAAGAAGCUGUUCCACUUGUCCUACUAUGAUUACAUGUUUUUAUCAUCCGACAUUUUAUUUAAAAGGAAAGUUAUAAAAAUUGUGAAAUUAAUUUUUAAGGGAAAAUAUAGUUUGUACAUUUUACACUGCGAAUUUGAUUUGUACAGUGCUCAAAAUAAGCUGAGCAAUCUGGACGAUCUACUACUUCUGAUGAAGAAAACGUUGUGGAAAAUUUAUCUCUUCCAGAUUUUUUACAUAAAUAGGAGACUAUUCAAACGUAGGGAAGGAUCUGCGUGCAAUGUGGAGGAAUUGCAUACACAUGAGUAUGUUGACAAAAUUGAAGCAAUAGCAAAAAUGAGCAAGGAGGAGAAGGAACUGCACAGGAGAGGAGACGUCGUAGAUCCCUUUUCCAUCAUAGAGGAUGACAAAAAAGGGGAUAGUACACACAUACAUAAUGGGGAUGCAUCGAAUACGUUGAAGGUAGAUCAAACGGAUAAACCCGUAACAACCAUGACGUUUAGAAAUAGCUCCAUGUUAGUUAUCGGAAGCUUCAAUAUUGACGUCAACGAAGACGGGGCACUAUACGACAAACUUGUAAAUCUAAACGGUCAAGGAAAAAUGAAAGAUUUAUUUUUUUAUAAAAAUAUAAAUUAUAAAUUACAAAAAACGUACGACAUUGUGGAUCGGAAAAACACCCUGGUUAGUGGAUUGAAUUACUCAUUUGGAUUGACCGAUAACAUUUUCCUCGUAGAGUCCUUUUUCAUCAACACGGAAGACAUCACAGAACUCAGCUACUUAUUUAGCCCCUCAGAUGUAAUCUCGGAAAAAAUGAGCAAGUUAAAUAAAUCUCUAAGUAGGUACAAUUUGGAAAAAUUUUCUCAACUGAUUAACAAAAAUGGAGUGCUCAUAAAAUUUCAGGACGUCUUUAACUACGGAGUUGAUAUAUUAACGCAGAAGAAGGGAAAAGAAUUUAGUGACCACUGGGGUUUAUCUGCACGCAUCCAUUUAAAAAAUCUCAGUAAAAGUGUCAACCUUCAUAUAGAAAAACAACUCCGUAACUUCCUGCUCAACGUUGACAAGUACUUCGUUUUGAGGAAAAGGUCUUACCACGAACUGUGCGCUGUGGUGACUUGUGCCCUCUCGGGAGAGCAGAACACUAAUAGGGGCGGUAAAACUGCAGGGGAUAAAUUUAGAAAAAAAAACCACAACGAACAAGCCAAAAUGGACAAGUAUAACUAUUCACAAAGGUGUAUAAUAUCAAGUGUAAACAUUAAUUGCAUUCACAAGGUGGAAGAACGCCUCUACAACACCCUGUCUAACUGUUUCGAAAUCUGA